AUCACCAUGGUUAAUCAUGCAUGGCUUCUACAUAUGGUAGGUAACUGUGUUUAUGGAUAUCUAAGCUGCAACAAGUAGAUUUGAUAGAGCUAUAUAAUAGAUCUCCAGUAUAACCAUUGUUUUUUUUUUGUUCUUGCAUGCACACAAAAGUGACAAAUAUCAAUACAUGUAUUGAAGGAAUUUACCAUGUCGGACAUCAAGCAUCUGACAUAUUCUAACAUUCUUUCUCAACGUUUUUAUCAUAUCAAGAAUCUUAUCAUUAUUUUGCAAUUAUUUUAUGUUUAAACUGGCCCCAGGAAGAAUUGAAUAAUGCCGAAAAACUCAAAGCAUACAGGCCAUGCCUAUACUGUUUCAUGCAGACUGUUCAGUACACUUCAAGAUGCUUGAUAAAUAGAAAUUCUUUGCAAUGGCUAAAGUCAUUGAAUUCCAAUGGCAAAUACCUGUGCCUGAGGUCCUUCAAAAGGGGGCUGUAUUUGACAGAUGGGAUGAGGAAUCAGCCACUCUUGAGCCAAAAUGUACAGUAAAGGUGGAUGAGUAUGGCUUCUUUAUCAACUGGCAAAGUGCAGAUAGGGAUGGCCAGGUACUGGAAAUUUCUCAGGUCAAUGACAUUCGCUUGGGAUUGGCACCCAAAAUAAAUGAUCCUCGUACCUAUGCUGAAAUAGAGCAGAGAGGUAAUGGUAACUUGGAGUGGAGGACUGUGACAAUCUGUAGUGGACUGGACUUAGUCAACGUAAACUACACUCCAAUGAUUGCUGCUGACCCCGAUACUGCACGGGUGUGGUUUGAAUGUUUGAGAAAACUUACCCCCAACACCAAGGCAAACAACAUCUGUCCAAUGACCUCUCUAAAGAAACACUGGUUAAAGCUUUGUUUGCUGGUCAAUCCAAAGGGGAAUAUUCCCGUGAAAAGUAUCACCAGAACAUUUGCAUCCGGUAAAACAGAGAAGAUGAUCAUGCAAUGUCUAGUAGACCUGGGUCUACCUGGAGGAAAGAAUGAUGAGAUUGAUCCUAAGCUUUUCACAUUUGACAAAUUCUAUGAGUUAUAUCACAAGAUUUGCCCAAGGACAGACAUAGAGGAUUUAUUUCGUGAAAUAGCUGGUAGUAGCAAAAGAACAUAUCUUACAGUUUAUCAACUUAUUGACUUCUUUAAUGAGAGACAAAGAGACCCUCGUUUAAAUGAAAUUUUAUUCCCACAUUAUAACAAGAAAAGGAUUCUUCAGAUCAUCAAGAGCUAUGAAAAAGACAAAGAAUACAUUGAGAAUGAAUGGUUAAGUUCUGAUGGGUUUUGUCGUUACCUGAUGUCAGACGAGAAUGCACCAGCAUAUUUAGAAAGGCUGGACAUCUACAUGGACAUGGAUCAACCUCUGUGUCAUUACUUUAUAAAUUCCUCACACAACACAUACCUAACUGGCCGUCAGUUUGGUGGACGUUCCUCUGUAGAGAUGUACCGACAAGUGCUCCUAGCAGGGUGUAGAAGUAUAGAGUUGGAUAUUUGGGAUGGAACGAAAGAGGAACAGGAGCCCAUUAUAACACAUGGCAUGGCCAUGUGUACAGAUAUUCUGUUCAAGGAUGUUAUCCAGGCAAUAGCAGAAACAGCGUUCAUCACAUCCCAGUAUCCGGUUAUUUUGUCAUUUGAAAAUCACUGCAGUAAACCACAACAAUACAAAAUGGCCAAAUACUGUGAAGAAAUAUUUGGAGACAUGUUGUUAAAGAAACAAUUGGACAGUUGCCAACUGCAACCCGGUACACCCUUACCAUCACCAAAUCAGCUCAAAGGAAAAAUACUCAUCAAAAACAAAAGACUUCGCCCAGAAGUGGAAAGAAGGCAAUAUGAGUUGUUUAUGAAAGGACAAUAUCAAACAGCAGUGGAGGAGACAUCUCAAGAUCAGGAUGCCCUGACCAAAGUCAUUGAUGACAUUGAGGGAGAAGACGGACCUAUGAAUGAAGAUGACCAGUCCAGUUCUGACUCACGAGUAGAGGAGACUCGAUCGGCUUCACCAAAAAAAGAAAUUGACCCCCCAACAGUAAGCACAAACACUGAUGCUCAUCCAGAGUUAAAUCUUGGGAAAAGUGAAGAUAUGGAAAGCAGUAUGGAUGGAGAGGAUAGUCUAAGCAAGAAGUCAUUUAGGCAGUUCUCAGGCAAAAAGGGAAGUUUGACAGCAGAUGAGGAGGCUGCCUUAAUGUCAGCAUACCAUUAUGAAAGAGCCACUACAAACAUUCAUCCAUACUUAUCAUCCAUGGUUAACUAUGCUCAGCCAGUCAAAUUUCAGGGCUUCAAAGUAGCAGAAGAGCAAAAUAUUCAUUAUCACAUGUCAUCCUUCAAUGAAAAUGUAGGACUACAAUACCUCAAAUCUCAGGCAAUUGAGCUUGUCAACUAUAACAAGCGCCAAAUGAGUCGAAUCUAUCCCAGAGGUGGUCGAGUGGACUCCAGCAACUACAUGCCCCAGUUAUUUUGGAACGCUGGAUGUCAGAUGGUGGCACUUAACUUCCAAACUCCAGAUAUAGCCAUGCAACUUAAUCAGGGAAAGUUCGAGUACAAUGGAAAUUGUGGAUAUUUAUUGAAACCUGACUUCAUGAGAAGGCCUGACAGAAACUUUGAUCCAUUUCUGGAGAGCACAGUGGAUGGAAUCAUUCCAGCACAGUGUUCAGUACAGGUGAUAUCCGGGCAGUUUCUAUCGGAUAAGAAAGUUGGGACAUACGUUGAAGUAGACAUGUACGGACUGGCCACCGACACCAUCAGGAAAGAGAUGCGCACCAAAGUGGUUCCGGCAAAUGGACUCAAUCCUGUGUAUAAUGAGGAGAAAUUUGUGUUCAGAAAGGUAGUUUUACCAGAUUUAGCUGUCCUUAGAAUAGCUGUGUAUGAAGAUACAGGAAAACUGAUUGGUCAGCGUAUUCUUCCAUUGGAUGGUCUACAGUCCGGAUAUCGGUACAUAUCUCUGAGGACAGAGGGCAACUUUCCUCUAUCAUUACCGACUAUCUUCUGUAGGAUUAUCCUGGAAACAUACAUACCAGAGGAAGUGGGAAUGCUGGCUGACAUUCUGGCGAAUCCUCAGGACAAGAAACAGAAGAUGUUUGAUAAGUUUGGCUAUGACAGUGAGGCAAUAUCUGAUGCCCCUGUGCUUCCAAAAAAUGCCAGUAAAGCAGAGCUGAAACCCAGCACCAAUGGUCAGCUGGCAGUCAGUUCAAAUAACCAGCAAGUAAAGGCAAAAGAGGAAAAGAAAGAUGAUCCAGCUUUACUUCCACUUACAAGGGAGAGUGUCAAGGCUGAUAAAAACUUCCAGAAGUUACUGAAGAAACAGCAGAAAGAAGUGCAAAUGAUGAAAAAAAGACACCAAAAGGAUAAAUCUGUUAUGCAUAAACAACAUUGCUUAGUUGUUGAUAAAAUAGUAGUUACAAGGGACAAAAAAUUAACUGCCAUUGAGAAAAGCAAAAACAAAGGUGAUUCCAAAACAUUGAUAGAUGGUCAUAAAGCAGAGAUUUCAGAGGUGGUGGCCAAGCAUACCAAGGAAUGGUCAGACAUUUCCCAGAAACAUCUGAAAGAUGAACAUGAUUUACUGAAGGAACAUGUGGAACAGCAGAAUACUCUAUUAAAGAAACUGUUUGAGGUUGCACAGCAAGAGCAGAUUAAACAACAAGAAGUGCUUAAUGAAAGAGAGGAGAAAGAGUUGACAAUAAAACAAUCUAAACAAUCCAUGGAGUCCAGCAAAGCAGUGAUGAAUGAUAAAACGAUCAAAGCCAAAGCCGAGAGAGAAAGGCGAAUGAAAGAAAUAAGUGAAAAUAACAUAAAAAGAUUUACAGAUGAACGCAAACGAUUAAAGAUUCGACAAUCAAAGCAAAUAGAGAAUCUUUUUAAGCAGCAUCAAAAUAUGAUGGACACAUUCAUGCAGGACUGUAAAAAGGAGAUAGAGAAGAUUGAAAUGAUGUUUGAGGAAGCCAAGCUAGCAGCAAAACCAGAAACGGAUGUUUGAUGACAUUGAUUAUCAUAAUGUCAGUUGCAAAGGUGACAGAUUGCCUGAUCAAUAAUCCCAUUGGCCAGGUUCCUCCAUGUGCUAGCCUAUUUGAAGUAUUGAAAACAAGGACUGGAAUUUUGUUGCCAAAGAAUAUUAUUAAUGUUUUCAUUUUCCUUGUUACAUGUCCCUUCGUUGAUAUAGACUUCCUUUCAGAUUUGAAAUGUCUCUUGUUGAUUAUGUACAUAGGGUUGUUUAAUUUUUCUCUCGGUCAUUAUGUUGUUAUUGUAAGUUACAUUGGGUUAGUGAUAAAUGCCGUAUAUUUCUUCCAUUGUUGAUAUAGAGUCUUAUUUUUAUAGUAUUUACAUGUACAAUGUGUGAUGUUUCAUUGGUAUAAACUAUAUAUUCAACUUAUUAUUAAGGAAAUGAUAUCUUUUUCACUCGAAAUAAGCAUUUGCUAUCCAAGUACAGUUUAGGAUUAUUUUAUUGAACAACUAUACAUGUCAUCUCUCUGUCAGUUUUUCAUCUUAUUAGAUAUAUUUGUAAAACUGAGUGCUAGUUACACUGUUAGAUGUCCUCAAAUGAUACGGUUUUAAAAAUAUAUACUAAAACUGAUUUAUAAGGACAUUUGUAUAGUUAUAUGUUUUGAUCAUGGCUUUAUUUUUUUAAAGUACCAAAUACAGUGUACUAGAAACUCUUUUAAAAUUUUCCUCCCAUUUUAUUUUUGCCCAAUUUGGCAAAUUCAGAACUGGGAAAAUUCAAAUUCCCAUUAAGUUUACUCAUUACUUUUAAUUAGAAAUAAAUGGUUUUGGAUAAAAUUAUUUUUAAAUGCAUGCAGUCAAAAAAUUUCCCAAUACACACUUAUUUGGGAUUUCAUUUUAAUGCAUGUCUUUCAAGUCUGAAAGAGGCAUCCGCUUUUUUGUAAUAAUAGGUAAAUAUGUAAUUAUAGCAGCCAUCGUCAAAAGUGGCAGAAAUAUCACAGCAGGACUACAUUGCUGAACAGUGUGCCAUGUUACAACUAUUGAAAUGGUAAUUCUUUAGUAUGUUGAGAAUGAAAUACUGUCAGAAGUACAGGUAUACAUGUAUGUAUCUGCAGUAUUGUUUAUAUUGGGUGAUCACGUCAAAGAGUAAGCGUCUAGUGUUAUUUGAAUAUUAAGGUGGCUCACUACACCUUGAAAGACUUUAUUAAAUCAGCACGAAAUGAUUUAAUAAUGAAAGGUAUGAUUUAUAACAAGUACAUAAUAUUAUGUCAAAAAGGCAAAAAAUAUGCAAUUUUUAAGAGAAAAAACACAAUUUUCAAAAUUUCUUUCCAUUGAUAUAAAUGAAAGACACUCACAGAUUUGAACUCGUGAUUUGCAGGUCAGUAACCUGAUACCUUAUCCACUGAGCUAUGUACAAAACAUUUGUGACAUAGUGUCAUAAAAUGUAUAAGUCCUGAUGUAGUGAGCUACCUUAAACAGUAGUUUUGCAUUUCAAAUUUCAAAUCACGAGUACCAAUUCUGAUUGUGUUUAAGGAUUCCUUAAUGGACACUUCGACAGCUUUUUUUGCAUGUAAUAUUCAAUUUGUAUAAGGUUGGGCACUGGUGAUUGGCAAAUCCUCUAAAAAGAUUUGAUAUAUUUUAUUCAGUUUGGGAGAAUUAACCUUGAAGUCUGUAAUUCAGGAGACUUCAAAAAUGAAGAUGUUUUGACUUUCAACAUAUCCUUUUUGCAUUUGUGUAGCAGUUUAUUUUAUGUACCUUGUUUUGAUAUCAUGGUAACAGAAUCUUGAAACAAGUUUUGUACAUUUGCAACAUGCAUUAUGUGAUACCGAGCAAAAAUAACAAUUUGUUUUGGUGUGCGCAUUAUCAGAAGCCUGGUUUUAAUUUUUUAACAUUUUCUUACUAGUUCAUGUUUAUUUAUUCUUCAUGGUGGUGCUAAUUUUUUCUCUCCUCAUUUUCUUGUUGGUGUUUAUCAAACACUCAGAGCAAUAAGGGUUAACAUCCUACAACUCUCUUGAAUGAUGGUGACAGUAACAAACUGUUUAGUACAGCUGCAUUUUAUUAACCCCUAGUUUGCAUUUGUUCAUAGCUUACACACAACAUACAUGUGUACCCAUAUUUUAAGUAAAAAUGAAGAAAACAGUUUAAGAAGUCUUCAACAAAUGGCUUUUUUUUUUAUUUUUCAAGGUUGAUGGAUAUAUAUUUACAGGUACUGAAGUCAGAUGCCAUGCUUAUGAAUUUUACAAAAUCACUUUCCUUAUCAUUCAACAUGAACCAGGUUCAUCCAUUGUCUUUCAAUAGAAAUUAUAGAAAAAAAUAUUCAUCCAUUUAUCUUCUAUUUGGAAAAGUGAUGUAAUAGGUAGGCUAGCAUUUGAAAGGUUGCCAGUUUGAUUCCCACUUCGUGUUGCAUAUUGUGUCCAUGCAUGAACAAUUUUUCUUCCUUUACUUCCCAUGUAAGAUAAGGUUCUUCCUCGAUAGAAAUUCUCGAGAGAUUUGCAGUGUCUCAUUACUACAGCAUCAUCCAAAAUGUCAUGGAUAUAAAUUUUUCAUUUAGCAAAGCUAUGUCAAUAUCUUGAUGUCCUAUUCAUUAUAUCCUAACGCAGAUUUAAAAGAACAAAAUCUGAGAAUAACUUUUGCUGUUUAGGUAUAUUGUCUUGUGUUGAUUUUGCAAUUUAAUUCUCUUUAAUUUAAAAAAAAAUUGGAUAUUGACCUUAAUGAUUCAAAAUUUAUAGAAGACAAAUAAUCUGCUAUAUGUCUUGAGUUAAUCCAUUGGCAUUCAAGAAAUUUUAAUUGAGAGGUUUAUUUUUUGGACAGAAAUUCAACAACAUACUCCCUGACAAAUAAAAUAUUCAACCCCUCAGGUGAAAUGUUCCUAAACCCACAUGAAUUCUUAUCAUCUUUAUCUCGGAUAAUGAUGUUGCAGUUAGUUAAUGCAAGAAUACAAUAAAAUCAGAUUUUGUGCAGUCUAGUAGAGUUGUGAAAAUUUGUUCACAUAAAGUUUAAAAGGGCACUGUGUCGGGUUUUAUCCAGUUAACUAAAAUCAGCAUGAUUUUAUGGUAAAGACUUAUGUAUGUGAAUGUAAUGAAGUUGUGUACAAAGGAAAUUAAUAUGAGAAAUACAUGUAUUUAAAAUGACUGAAUACUGGGUAAUGCAUGGAUGUAUUGUGGGUACAGCUUUUGCUUUGCAAUGCAAAAAUUUACUCCAUUUUUUAUGUAAUGUAUCAACUGUACAUGCAAUCAGUAUCAAGGAGUAUUGCAACUGAAACUAGACAUAUUUUCUCAAAUUGUCAGUUACAUCAGACCCUGUAGCAAUAAAUGUGAUACAUGUAGGUUUGAAAUUAUUUUAGAAAUCUCAGUAAAUAUGUGCAAUGGAUUUUAUUCUAGUCUAUAGAUGUGUAUAUCAGUACUCCCAAUGUGGAACAUGGCAUAUUUAUUUGUACUUUAAAUAUCUUUUUUUAGCAAUUUCUUUAAAGAUCUUAUUUCCAUUUGUUAAUUGUUGAACGUAUAAUUUAUUAAUACAUUAAGUACAAUAUGUUUGUGUGUUUACUUGUCUAGUAAACUUCCUUUUUUGCAAAAAAAAAAAAAAAAAAAAAAAAAAUGUGUUUUGUUUUCAUUGUCAAUUAAAAUUUGUCAUGGAGUGAGACACUUGGUGUCUUUCAGCAUCCACUUAGACAAACUGUAAAACUUGCUUACAUUAUAAGCCAUCACUGUAAAUGUUACAAGAUCAUUUAUUUUCUUGGGAUUAAAUUUUUGUGGUUUGAGAAAAAUAAGCAUCUACAAUUGAACUUGAUUUUAUGGUUGAAGAGUUAUUUAUUAGUUCAGUUGCUCGUGUUCAUAUAGGAUGUGAAUUCUAGAAUACACAUGUAUGUCCAUGCCAUGAAAAUAACAAAAACUAGAGCAAAGCUCGUUGCAAAGCAACGAGAGGUCUUCCGUCGGAGCUGUGUGACAUAAAAAUCUUGAACUUGACCAUAUGUCCUUGGGUCAGGUCCUAAUGCAUCCUCAGUUAACAUGAAAAACUGAAGAGAAUAAUUCAUCGAGUUUGAAUUAUUUAUACAUACAAAUCAAAUAAAUUGCUCUCAAAUCUUGAAUAUUUUUUUAAAACUUUAAUAUCUAUCUGCGUAAAUACAUGUAGGUAUAUUAUGCGCACAGAAGUCGCGUAUGAAUUUCACGCCAGGGGCACGUGCCGAAGUUACAUAAUAUGGACCAGGAGUUCAGAGUCAAUGUUUAAUCAAAGUCACUGUUUUUAAACAACAAAUCAUUUGAAAUGAGACUAGUCGGCCAAGGGUUUCUGAAUAUUCUAUACGCAUGUUUAGAUUUGGUUUAAUCAUGAUUAUAAACUAUUGAUUUCAACCAUGUUCAGAAAUAAUUUGUUAUGUUUGUAAAAUGUAUCCAUUUUCUUUUUCACAACGAAGAAUUUGAGUAAAGCUUGUGUGUUCAGUUAGAGUAGUGUGAAAUCACAGAUCGCUAGUCCAGCAGCGAUGAAUCUCCGAUAUUAUACACACAAUCAAUUAGACACGAUUGAGAAAUGAACUGUAUAUUAAAUUGAAGAUUUUAAAAUUGAUGCCUGACUCAAUGCUCUAGAGUUUUGAAUUUAAAACAAAUCAAACGUAAGACCAGGGGCGUAUAUACAAGUAUAUACAUCCCCGGAAAGACUGAAUUAUUCGAAAAAUCCAAUAUGAUCAAAAACAUAACAUUCUAUGUUAUAUUUAGGACGAUAAUGUUUACUUUGUGUACAUGCCUUGGUUCACACGCGAUGGUUUCUCGAGGCGGUUACGUAAUUGUAAACAAAAACAAACCCCGCGGUGUAUGUAAGAUGUGUGUAGUUAAUGACCGAGUUAUUCUAUGCUUGAGGGUUUCUUUCUUCAAUUAAAUAUAUCGUUGUUUUAAUAACAAACGUAGAAGAGAUAACCUUUUCCUCUGUUUUUUUUUCCCUUUGGAAUGAUUGUUUAUAUUAAAGCUACUAAAUAAUAACAAAAGACAGUUGUCGAUAGAUGAUUUUUAAAGGAACCAUAGAUCACGUUAAAACUUUAUUUUAAAAGAAUAUUAGCAUUUCAUGAAGUCAGAUUUAUCAAUUAAAGCAAGUUUAUUUAAGAUAUAUGCAUAUUUUUCCCCCUUCACCUACCUAAUGAUACAGUUACCUGUUUGCGGGUCAAGCUUUUUACUCAUAUAUAACACAAUACUCGAGCAAAAUAUUAUGUUUAUGAGAUCAAUAAGAUGUUAGAGAACAACUUUUCCAGCGAAAGCCAUAUCGAAAUAUUUACCGUUUUUGAGUUAUAAAGCGAAAACUUUGAAGAUCCCUAGAUCCCUAAUUUAAGGGGCCAGCCCCUUUUUAGGGAUAUCAAAAGAAAGCUCUUAACAUUUUGCACAACUUUUGUUCUAUAUGUCUUAACAAAAUAUUUUUAGUUUAAAAGAUACAAAGGAAAAUGUGUGUAAUUUUUUGCUCCUUUAGGCGCCCUAAUUUUUUAACCCUGUCAACCACCAUUUCGAACGCUGUAAUCAAAAAACAAAAAACGAUGUGCACAACUACAAUGCUCCUACUUUUUAUUUUCAAUGCAUUUUCUGCUCAAGGUUAUACAGUCUCGGAGCCUUUGUCUGGAAACCAAAGCCCCUAAAAUUUCAUUCAAAGGGGAAUAACUCGUGAACAGAAGGGAAUUUGUGAAAUGUAGUACAUGAUUUUAAAAUUGUUCUGUAAAGUUUAUAAACCCUGAAAAUUUGAGCAAAAUCCAUACAGAAAUGAGCGAGAUAUGAAGCUUCAAAGUUGGCGUCUAGGAAAAAGAAGAAAAAAAGAAUAAUAAGAAUAAUCUUAACCAGCACAAUCAGUAGAAGGUCUUCCUUUGUUACGGAAGACCUUAAUUAAACCAAAAAUGAAUGAAUUUGCAGCACCUGGUUAUAAUAAAGUCGAACUGCUUGCUUCUUAAAAAGCCAAAUAGUGGCAUUGUAACUGGGUUAUGUUGGAAUAAUGUCUGCCUUAAAUGUGUUCACAGUAACAUAUAUCCAGCUCAGUGUGAUGGAUUCAUAUACUUGUCCUCAUAGUUCUAUUCUUCACUAGAACCAUUAGGGUAUAGUCAUGGGAGUAUUUAUAAGGAAGUAGUUUUCAGAAGUGUGCAUUAAGUCUCUUACUUAGAGUGUCAAAUUUAGUGUUAG